AAAAAACCCAUGUUGUACAUGAACCGGUGACGAGUCUUAAAAAAGAUAACUAGUCAUUCAAUAGAGUUGUGUCCUUCCAGCUUAACAGUGGUUGUUUAGCGACUGAUUUUGUAUUCCUACUAUGGCUUCAUCCUCCCUUGUUCUGUUAUUAUUACUUUUCUUGUUGAUGCUAAUUACAACAGAUGCUAGAAACACAAUUGAGAAAAAUAACUCCAGUAUCUUUAGGUUGGGGUCUUCACUCUCUCCUCAAGGCAAAAACAGUUCAUGGUCAUCAAGUUCUGGCCACUUUUCAUUCGGGUUUUACCCACAAGGUAGUGACUUUGCUGUUGGGAUAUGGUUGGUUAAUCCAUCUGAAAAUACAACCACUGUUGUGUGGACUGCUAACCGAGAUGAUCCACCAGUCUCCUCUAAAUCUAUGUUGAAUUUGACAGAGCAUGGUCUGCUUCUUCAAAAUGGAAACGGAGACUCACCUAAAAAAUUAGACUCAGGAGAUUCAUAUAUAGUCUCAUGGGCAUCUAUGCUUGAUUCUGGAAACUUUGUGCUUUAUGAUGAGCAUUCAAAUGUUAUCUGGCAAAGCUUUGAUUACCCAACAGACACCAUAUUAGGAGGUCAGAAACUGACUAUGGGUCAUGCUUUAAUCUCUAGUAUUUCCAAAUCAGACCAUUCCCCUGGAAAUUUCUAUCUCACCAUGCAAGAUGAUGGAAACCUUGUUGCUUAUCCUUUUUAUAGCGGAGUUAGCGAGCGCGAUGCUUACUGGGCUUCAAACACUCUGUAUGAGAUAUACCAACAACUCAGUCUUAACAUUCAAGGCUUUCUUUGUCUUGAAUCAGUUUCUGAUCCUACUAGUACGUUGUGUUUCAACAAUGGCAACGAGCAAACAACAAGGAAGUCACACAACAACACAACUUCAAUCUACCGUGCAACACUAGACGUAGAUGGAAACCUGAGAUUGUAUGAGCACCAAUUUCACUUUGAGGGCAACAAUAGCUCUCGUGUGGUAACGUUGUGGCACGCACUCAAUAGUACAUGUCAAGUGUAUGGGUUUUGUGGGCUGAACAGUUAUUGCUCUUCUAACAUUAGUGGUGCUGAUGUUGCCUGCAAGUGCUAUCAUGGUUUCACCCCGUCUAAUACUAAAAGCAGUCCAAACACGCCUAUAGACUGCGUCCAGAUGAAUAACAAAGAUGAUUGUGAAAGAAGUGAAGGCCUGAGGUUGUUGUAUAAUUUUACUCAGAUUAAGAAUUUGUUUUGGGGCGGUAUUCCUUAUUCUGUCAUACCCUUGGUCGACAUGGAAACUUGUGAAAAGGCUUGCCAACAGGAUUGUUUUUGUGGGGGAGCACUAUAUGUAACUAUAUACAGCAGUUGCAGUAAAUAUAGGCUUCCGCUUAUUUAUGGCAAUAUCCGAAAUUAUUCUAUCACUGAGUCUGUGGCCCUAAUAAAGUUUCCUUCUUCAAUAAUUAGUAUUUCACCUCAGACCUCAAACGACACCAACACGCCUAAGCUCAAGUUUGUUGUUGACAACAAGAAAAAUCUGAUAAUGAUUCUUAGUCUUACUUUGGGUGUCGUUUCAUUGAUUUGUUUGAUCAUGGCGGUGUCCAUUUUCUUCACUUACAGGCGUCAAGUUAAUAGGUAUGCAAUGUUGUCUGAAAGUGAAAAACUUGAUUUUACUAAAGAAUGUUCCUUGCGAUCAUUUUCUUUUGAUGAACUUGCAAAAUCAACCGGGGAAUUUUCAGAAGAGAUAGGGAGAGGGUCAUUUGGAACUGUUUAUAAAGGUAAAAUAGGCGACAAUAACAGAAGUAUUGCUGUGAAGAGACUGGAGGAGAGAAUUGCCGAUGAAGGUGUAAGGGAAUUCCAAGCUGAAAUUACGGCCAUUGCUCGAACUCAUCACAGGAAUUUAGUUAAGCUUAUUGGUUUCUGCAUAGAAGGAUCUAAGAAGCUCCUUGUUUAUGAAUUUGUCAGCAAAGGGUCUCUUGCAAAUCUCCUCUUUGAACGGGAAGCAGGACUAUCUUGGAAAGAGAGAAUUAAACUUGCAUUAGAUGUAGCUAGAGGACUACUGUAUCUACACGAAGAAUGUGAAGUCCAAAUCAUCCAUUGCAAUAUAAAUCCUCGAAAUAUACUUAUGGAUGAAUCGUGGACUGCAAAAAUAUCUGAUUUUGGAUUGGCAAGACUAUCAAAGAGGGGCAAUUCAAGAACUAAAAUUGGGGAUGAUGGCAGAAGCAGGUACUUGGCACCUGAAUGGCAACAAGAGGUUGCAUCAGUAUCAGUAAAAGCUGACAUUUACAGUUUUGGAGUGAUAUUGUUGGAGAUUAUCUGCCGCAGAAGAAGUAUAGAGAUGAAUGAUAUUUCCUCAUCUGAUGAAAUCCUUCUCUCUAACUGGGUAUAUCAAUGUUAUGCAGCAGAGAAGUUAAACGAGCUUAUCCGACAUGAUGAAAAAGAUGUGGAUUGGAAAAUAUUGGAAAGAAUGGUGAAAGUAGGGCUGUGGUGUGUGCAAGACCACCAAUCUCUCCGUCCUACAAUGAAGAAUGUAAUACUGAUGCUAGAAGGUUUGAAAGACAUUCCAGUUCCUCCAGCUCCAUCUGGCUCAGUUGGAUAGUCUUGUAGGAACAUUAUGUAUUGUUUCUGUUGUUUGUGAUUUGUGAUUUGUGCUAUUGCAGUUUGAUCAUUUUAAUUUAUGUUGAAUUUGUGCCACUCGUAUAAGUCAUAUGUAAUAUAGAUAUUUGUUUAGUA